AAAAAAACCGAACAUCAAGCGUGAAUCACCCACCAAUGUUGUAACGUGAAAGCGAUGAGAGGUUACGUGUUUGGGAAUCGGUUGUCGAAGAAGAAGUUGAACGGUUUGAAGCAGUAAGAAUGGCCAAUACUCUAUUUAUACAUUUUCGUUAUACAUAGCCCUAUAUGUACACUCCAAAAAAAAAAAAGACUACUUGUUGUGCAACACUACACAACAAAACCAUCACGUUGCAACAAUUUGUUGUUCAAACAGGAAUAGCCGUUUACUAUUCUUCGCACACAGCAGAAGAAGCAGGUUCAGGGAGAGAAGGGUCGUGCAGAGGAACACGUUUGGGCAAGAGGGUGUUGAGAGAAAGGUGUUUCUCAGUGAUGGUGACUUUAGCCCAUGGGAGAAAGGAAGGGCAGGGAAAGAGACUUGGGAAAUACGAAUUGGGAAGAACACUUGGAGAAGGAAAUUUUGGAAAGGUCAAGUUGGCAAGGGACACUAAUUCUGGGAAGCUUUUUGCUGUUAAGAUCCUUGAGAAGAGCAAGAUCAUUGACCUCAAUAACACUGAUCAGAUAAAGAGGGAGAUAUCUACCUUGAAGCUUCUGAAGCACCCUAAUGUCGUCAGAUUAUACGAGGUCUUGGCUAGCAAAACCAAAAUUUACAUGGUACUUGAGUACGUGAAUGGAGGAGAGUUAUUUGACAAAAUUGCAUCCAAAGGUAAACUUGAAGAAACUGAAGGUAGGAAGAUAUUCCAACAGUUGAUUGAUGGUGUGAGUUUCUGCCACAAUAAAGGUGUCUUCCACAGGGAUCUUAAGCUGGAGAAUGUUCUUGUCGAUGCCAAAGGGAACAUAAAGAUAACUGAUUUUAACCUUAGUGCUUUGCCUCAGCAUUUUAGGGAUGAUGGGUUGCUUCAUACUACUUGUGGAAGUCCCAACUAUGUUGCUCCUGAGAUUCUUGCUAAUAAAGGCUAUGACGGUGGAACAUCAGAUAUAUGGUCAUGUGGUGUUAUCUUGUAUGUAAUUCUUACAGGAUAUCUUCCUUUUGAUGACAGAAAUCUUGCAGUUCUUUAUCAAAAGAUUUUUAAAGGAGACCUUCAGAUACCAAGAUGGCUAUCAGCUGGUGCUCGAAACAUGAUAAAAAGAAUGCUUGAUCCAAAUCCUAAAACCCGGAUAACAAUGACUAUGAUCAAAGAAGAUGAAUGGUUCAAAGAAGGUUAUAUUCCUUCAAAUCCAGAAGAUGAAGAAGAGGGUGUGUUCAUUGAUGAUGAAGCCUUUUCCAUUCAUAAUGCGUCACUUGAAUCAGAUCAAGGUAGUCCAACAUCACCAACACUCGUCAAUGCAUUUCAAUUGAUAGGGAUGUGUUCAAGUCUAGAUCUCUCUGGCCUUUUUGAGAAAGAGGAUGUUACUGAGAGGAAGAUAAGGUUUACAUCCACUCAUUCACCAAAAGAUUUGGAGGAGAGGAUAGAAGACAUUGUAACAGGGAUGAGAUGUAGAGUUCAGAAGAAGAAUGGGAUGUUGAAAGUGACACAAGAUAUUGAAGCACAGAAAUGUCUCGGUAGUCUUUUAAUGAUAAUAGAGGUAUUUGAAAUCAGUCCAACAUUGUAUGUAGUAGAGUUGAGCAAGUGUUGUGGAGAUGCUUCUGCGUAUAGACAGUUAUGCCAGAAGUUGUCAAAUGAAUUGGGUUUUGACCCAAACCAACAGAUAGAGAGCUCAGAAAUGAUUGGCCUACUAAGAGAAAAUAAUUUGGAAGCUAUAAAUGUAGAUGUGUGAUGCUUCUUUUUGUUGAUUAGGAUGAGAUGAUGAUGUAGAUGUGUUAAAAUAUUAAUUUUAUAUAUAUUCUAUUUUUCCAUGGCAAAUGUCCAUCUUUUUGUUGUAUUUUGCUAUAUGUUAUGUUAUUCUCUAAAAUGGUAAAACAUAUAUAAACCAUUUUAGGGAA